AUGUUGUUUUCUGCCAACCGCCAAUAGACACUAACAAUCAAGAAGGAAGUCGCUUGUGUUUCCGUGUUGUGUUGUUCGGUUUGUAAGCAUGCUAAUAACACUCUGGUAAUCUUGCAGUUUACGUUUCUCCCCGUUUACCGUAGGCCUACUCAGCUAUGGAAGAAACAUUCGAACAAAGAAAGAAAUAUUGUCUUAACAAACUUGACCUAAGUAAAAAAGGGAGUGUCGAUGAAGAUAUCCAACAUGUUGUCUAUUUGAUCAACAGCUGUAAGGAUUUAUUCACUACUAGCUCGUGCUCCGGCAGAAUCAUCCUCUUUGAUGGGUUUCCAAACAACAGCGAUGUCCAGAAAAAGGGUUGUGUCUGGCUCUUUGUCGCACAUAGCAAAUGCACUUUUGAUGACCUGAUGUCUGGUCUGAGCAGGUCAACCAAUGAUGCUGUGUUGAAGUUUGAACCAUUCGUGCUCCACGUUCAGUGCCGGAGGCUGGAAGAUGCACAGCUGAUGGUUUUACAAGAGUCUUCAGGCUGCCCUGUCCUCAGAUAAAAUCCACAACUUGGACACUCUUACUUUACAGAACGAGGAAGACCUUUCGCAGACAAAGGAGACAGAAAAGGAAAAGGAAUGAAUGGAAAUGAGGAAAAACAUGGUCUCUGAAUGCAUACAGACAACAUCAAACUAAUUACUUUUAAAUUGGGGACAGCAGCCUUGGAUAGAUGUGUCUGUUCAUUAAAAUCAUUGCUAUACCCUGUUAAAUUUAUUGUGAACGAAAAUAUAGAGUUUGGAAAUAUUUGAAUACUUUGUAUUUAUUACAAAGACCUCACCACAGCAAGGACUCUAACAAUGAGAUUUACCAUAAUAAAUCCUUAAUGUUUAGGGUAUCUUGGUAACUCAUGAUUGUGUUAAAAAAUAUGUGCUCCAGAAUAAAAAUAAAAAAAUAAAAAAGUGAAGUGGGAAAAAAAUGAAUGCAGUUAUAAUUUCCUUGGUUUCAUCUCAGAGUGCAGCAAUGCUUGCAUUUAAUCUUGAUUUGCACCACUUUUAAAGUAAAUUGAGCAACAUUUUUGUAAGUUUUAAAAAUUCUUAUUUUAAUUCAUAUAUUUUCUGUAUACUUUGUCUGCCUCCAUUACCACUUGGUACUUGCAUACUUUGAUGAAGACCUGUGUGCAUUAUAUCUGCAAACCUCUACAUCUACCUCUACACAUAGAUGAAAGGAUAGAACUAUUUUCUGGUAUAUCAGAGGUGAUGUGCCAGAAGGAUACAGCUUCACUUUCUUUUACAUUCAUCCUUCUGCAUGUGAUGUGGAAAUUGACAAAUAUUUCGAGGCUUUUCUCUGUACCUAAAAUGCAUUUGGAGACUUGCCAGUGGACUUGUACAUAUUUGAUAUCUAUUAAAUUUUUGUUCAGCAUCCAUGGCUUCUUAAAAGCAUACAUUGAC